GGGCGGUGUCCCAUGUAUCCGAUUUCCGACGAUACGAUGAUCCGAAUGUAUUCUUAUUGGUCAGAAUCGAAUCAGAAUAUUUUCGCGCCGAAUUUCAUCCGAAAGUUUUAACUAGGCUUCCGACAUCGGAUAAAGUUGAAUUUAUUUUAACUUUUUCCGAUAAAACGGACGUUUUUUGACGUUUUGUCACAUUUUAACGUAACCUCAUUUUUUUAUUUCUGUGCAUUUUCACUUUUAUUGAAACAUGGAUUUGAAUCGCAGAAUUUAUGUUCGUAAAGCUAAUCAAGCCCUAUUAUUAUGUCUGCUUCUCUCGCAAAUUCGCAAAAACAAAUCAAAACCAAAUGAACCAAACAACCAAACCAAACCAAAACGUACAAUGAGGCCAAGAAGAUAUUGGGUGCGUGAAAUAUAUAAGCAGAGAAAGUCACAAGGGGCUUUUAACAAUUUAAUUCGGGAAAUGAAGGAACAUGAUAUUCAAAAAUAUUUCAAUUAUCUUAGAAUGCAUCCUUGCACAUUUCAAAAAUUAUUUAGUCUAGUUGGACCAGCAUUAGCAAAAACAUAUUGUGUUCGUGAACCAAUUUCGCCAGAAGAAAGACUUGCUAUUACUUUAAGAUACCUUGCUAGUGGAGACAGUAUGAUGUCCAUUUCAUAUGCAUUUAGGGUUGCUCACAAUACAGUUUCCAAAAUUAUAAAGGAAGCAUGCGAUGCAAUUUGGGAUUGUUUAAACCAAGACCAGCUGCUAACACCAAGUGAAGAAGCUUGGUUAAAUAUCGCUGAAGGUUUUGGAGAAAGAUGGCAACUGCCUCAUUGUGUUGGAGCAAUUGAUGGGAAGCAUGUAGUAAUGCAGGCACCUUCAAAAUCAGGCUCUACAUUCUUCAAUUAUAAGGGCAGCCACAGUAUAGUUUUGUUAGCCCUCUGUGAUGCAAGUUAUCGCUUCACAUUGGUGGAUAUUGGAGCUGAAGGAAGACACAGCGAUGGGGGUAUAUUCAAAAAUUCCAAUAUGGGAAAAUUAAUUAAUACAAAUAAUAUAAAUUUUCCUCAACCUUCAUUGCUGGGUCAAGGAGAUACUCCUUUCAAUUUUUAUAUUGUAGGUGAUGAAGCUUUUCCUCUAACUACUUCAAUAAUGCGUCCAUAUCCAGGUCACUUUCUUCCUCGAGAUAAGCGUAUUUUCAAUUACAGAUUAAGCAGAGGACGUAGAGUCAUUGAAAAUGCUUUUGGUAUAUUGGCUUCUCGGUGGCGAAUAUACCGUAGAACCAUAAUAGCAAGUGAAUCAACAGUAGUGGCAAUAGUGAAAGCUACAGUUUGUCUACAUAAUUUUAUGAUGAAUAAUGGAGAGAAAUUGGGGCAUGAACACAAAUAUAUUGUUGCCAGUACUGUUGAUCAUGAAAAUGAAGCUGGGGAAUUGGUUCAUGGUGACUGGAGAAGUGAACAUGGCAACAAUGUACUACCCAUAGGUAGAAUGGGUAGUAAUAUGUAUGCAAAAAAUGCACAAACGAUGAGGCAAAAUCUCUUGAGAUAUUUUUUAAAUGAGGGUGCUAUCCAGUUUCAAGAAAACAAAUAAAUUUUAUUUUUUAUAUAUUUAUAGUAUAGUGUAAAUAAAUAUAGUAUAGUGUAGCCUAGAGUAAAUAGUAUAUAGUAUAA